ACCUUUCCCGUCAUCUUUAUUCACUUAUUCAGCUUUCAGCGCACACAAAAUUUAAAAGGAGGAGCAGUCAGCCGCCAGCACUACCCCUUGCUCUGCUUUUCCUCAAAGGCUAAACCCCUUCUCUCCUUGAAGCUUAAACCCCACCACUCUUUAGUCUUCAGUCUUCACAAUGGCCUUUCUCAGCCACCCUCUCAAACCCCAUCUCCUUUCCACCCCAAAACCCAAACGCCAAACCAGCAAAUUUCCUACCAAAGUACGCAUGUCCUUCCAAGAAUCGGGCCCUUCCGUAGCCGUCGUAGGCGUCACUGGCGCCGUCGGCCAAGAAUUCCUCUCCGUCCUCUCUGAUCGCGACUUCCCUUACCGCUCCCUCAAGCUCCUCGCCUCCAAACGCUCCGCUGGCAAAUCCGUUACCUUCCACGACCGCACCUUGACUGUCCAGGAACUCACCGCCGACAGCUUUGACGACGUCGACAUCGCACUCUUUAGUGCUGGUGGGUCGAUAAGCAAAGAAUUCGGUCCCAUUGCGGUUGAGAAAGGUGCCAUUGUGGUGGAUAACAGCUCGGCGUUUCGAAUGGUUGAUGGAGUGCCUUUAGUGAUUCCUGAAGUGAAUCCGGAAGCAAUGGAUGGGAUUAAAGUUGGGAUGAAAAAGGGUGCUUUGAUAGCGAAUCCGAAUUGUUCUACUAUCAUUUGCUUAAUGGCUGCUACCCCUCUUCAUCGCCGUGCUAAGGUGACCCGUAUGGUGGUUAGUACAUAUCAGGCAGCUAGUGGUGCUGGUGCUGCUGCCAUGCAUGAGCUUGAGCUACAAACCCGUGAGGUCCUGGAAGGGAAACCACCAACUCGUAAUAUCUUUAACCAACAAUAUGCUUUUAAUUUGUUCUCACAUAAUGCCCCUGUUCUUGAGAAUGGAUAUAAUGAAGAGGAAAUGAAAAUGGUAAAAGAGACAAGGAAAAUCUGGAACGACGUGAAUGUCAAAGUGACUGCCACAUGCAUACGAGUUCCUGUGAUGCGUGCACAUGCUGAGAGUGUGAAUCUUCAGUUUGAGAAGCCCCUUGAUGAGGAAACAGCAAGAGAAAUUUUGAAAAAUGCUCCUGGAGUAGUAGUUAUUGAUGAUCGGGCUUCUAAUCACUUCCCUACACCAUUGGAGGUGUCAAACAAAGAUGAUGUUGCAGUUGGCAGAAUUCGCCAGGAUGUAUCUCAAGAAGGAAAUCAUGGGUUGGACAUCUUUGUUUGUGGUGACCAAGUACGUAAGGGAGCUGCACUUAAUGCUGUUCAGAUUGCUGAGCUGCUGUUAUAAUCUGCUUAUGAUCUUGCUUGGGUAAAUUCAUCCAGUCAAUUAGAGUUGAACUCACUGGCAUCUAGUUUAUUUAUUUUGAUCUUCAAAUGCACAUAUUUAUUAUCUUGGUGAGGUUGAACAAAAUUUUGAAUGUCUUGUUGUAGCAUAAACAAAUUAGGUUUGUAGCUUGGUGCUUGAUGUUUUGUCUUCGAAGGUAUAUUUAUUUGCACUAGUAUCUCCUCUUGGAGGGAAA